UGUCAGAAGUCCGAGGUGAGGUGGAACACGUGAACGCAGCAUAGCUGGACGCGGCGGAGAGGAGGAAAGAAAAGGGCAACGAAGCAGCCCGGAUAAUUCAGCCUCGCAGUCUUGGCGCCAAUCCGACUUCAGAGGGAAAUUAAACAGCUCGGUUUUCACUCACGUUGGAAUCAAAUUCGCAGCCGGUCGCUGCCUCUUUCAAAGCCGUCGGUCGUCUGUUGUAGCCAGCCAGCUAGCUUUGUUAGCACACUAUCCAUCAUUGUCAUAUUCAUCUGGCCCCCUUCUUUCUGCCUGUAGUCACGAUACUAAUAACUCAGCAAAGCACCGGGACAAUAGAGGUGUGUUUCUCCAGGGGGAUCGAGCAGAUACGGCAGCAAAAUGGGGAGGAAGUCCAACAGAGCAAAGGAGAAGAAAGCGAGACGUCUGGAGGAGAGGGCAGCUAUGGACGCCGUGUGCGCCAAAGUAGACGCAGCCAAUAAGCUCGAAGACCCCCUGGCCGCCUUCCCAGCCUUCAAAAAAUACGACAGAAAUGGGCUGAACCUGCAGAUAGAGUGCAAGAGAGUGACCGCGCUUAACCCGCUGUCUGUGGAGUGGGCUUUCGAACUCACAAGAGCCAACAUGCAGACGCUGUACGAGCAGAGUGAGUGGGGAUGGAAGGAGAGGGAAAAGAGGGAGGAGAUGAAUGACGAGAGGGCUUGGUACCUGCUGGCCCGCGACGCCGACUCCUCCCCCGUGGCCUUCUCCCACUUCCGGUUCGACAUAGAGUGCGGGGAGGAGGUUUUAUAUUGCUAUGAGGUGCAGUUAGAGAGCCGAGUGCGGAGGAAAGGGCUUGGCAAGUUUCUCAUCCAGAUACUCCAGCUCAUCGCUAACAGUACACAGAUGAAGAAGGUGAUGUUGACAGUUUUUAAACAGAACAAGGGGGCGUACCAGUUCUUCAGAGAAGCUUUACAGUUUGAGAUCGAUGAGACCUCACCGAGCAUGUCCGGUUGCUGUGGCGAUGACUGUUCUUAUGAGAUCCUGAGCAGGCGGACCAAGCACGGCGAGGCCUCGGCGGGACACACCCACGGGGGCGGACACUGCGGGGGCUGCUGCCACUGAUCGGCUUCGGUUACGCCACGCGAUUGGUUAAAAGCCAGCAAGUUUAACCGGCUGCGUGUGAAAGCUUCAGCUGCCCGCUAGUCCACGAGUGGUUUUGAAUUAUGGAGGCCGGCAGGUGGGAAAACCCACCUGCGCAUUAAAAGCCGGCAUCUCGAUGCAGCGUGCAGUGUGAGCUUUCGCACACAGCCUUUUCUUUGUUUUUGUUUUGUUUGUUUGAUUUGUUUUCCAGCCCCUCGGCUCAUUGUCCAAGUCAUCUCUUCCCAUUCUGUUAUGGCUGUUAUUACCAGAACUAGUUUCCAGUCAAGAAAAAGCUGACGGUCUCCAUCACGGAGACCGAUCCCAUCCCAUGCAGCUCUCAUCAUCUCUCUGUGUUGCUAUACUGUAUUGGAUCUGCUUCGUAAACUGUGGUUCGAGACCUAAAAUAGACUCUUGGCCUCGAGCUGUAUUAGAGAAACUCCCCACCUCUGCUCUCUCAAGUGUAAAACGGGGUUAGUUGAGUCUUGAAAUCACAACUAAAACCAUCCAAAAUAAGCAGAUAAAAAUAACUCAGAGUUGGUCAGUUUCUGCAGUCCAGCUCGGGGUUCCUCUGGGGACUUUGCACUGAGACGACUUGCUUGUUUCACUGCACCGGGGUCCUCGGAUCGGGCUUCAUGUGAGAGCCCGAGUUUAGGUCCUGGUUAAACCAGCACGAGAAGCGCCGUUGCACUGUAAUAUUAUCUGUUCUGACUCUAGUUUUAAGUUAUUCUGUAACAGAGGCACUGCAGCUAGCAGCAGCUGGCACGUGAUACUACUGUUACAUGAUUACAAUACACCAUCGGCAUCACCCGCCUCCUCGAUUCAGGUAAAUGUAUCGAUGUCUCCCUCGCUUUUAAUGCUUACAGCUUAUCAGAUGAGAUUUCCAAGAUUGCCUUUUUCUUUCGAGUCUCUCAGUAAAAUACAUUUAAAAAAAAAUGUUUUCUCAACAUCAUCAGUUGCUGUAAAUCUGCAUCCGACUAAGUAAAUAUUCCCAGUGUGUCCCCAGCUGUGUCAUAGCGCCUCAUCAGAGAUGCAUGCUGUAACUGAAUGCUUUUUCAGCUUCACUGAAGAUAUGUUUAGUUGUGAAAAUUCAUCAUUUGACCUUUUGGCCUCCUUUUUUUAUUUAGUUUUGUUUUUUUUUUUUUCCUAUGAUGCAGAUGAGUUUUUCCUGCUUCUUGAUCUGCACCCACAGCUGCCACACAGUUCUCAUUUUUACUGAGCUUUCGGAUUUUUGCAGUACACCCGUUUCCCUCUUUGCUUUUAGUUUCUGACGACAAAUCUGACGCUACUAGGCCUGUUUAGAAACAACUAAGUCCAUCCUCCAUUGCACUUCUUGCAUAUCUUGUGGAUUUAAGGUGGAAUAGCAUCAACAGAGGUCACCGUUUGAUCAUAUAGCUGCUUGAAAACGACACGUGAAUGGAUGCAGAUGAGGGUAACGGCAGCGCAGUUGAGGGAGCUUUUUUUUUUUUUUUUUUUUUUGCUUUUUAAAUUGUUUUAGUUCUUCCACAGUCUUAACUUGUUUUCCUGAGCCCCUCCUGUAAAAUUUGGUAUUUUUGGGGGUGGGGGCGGGUGGAGUAAAUCUACAGUAGUCUUAAAUUAGGAUUACGGACUAAUGGCUUCUAAAAUUUAGGUCCACUGUGAGAAACUGCAUCUAAAAUUCUCAUGUUGGUCUAGAGUAAUCUUAAUGCCACUUUAACCACAAUGAAUCCCCGCCUGUUCACAAACCCUUUGAUGUGUCUUUGGAUUAAAUUGCUGUGUUUUUGUUUUUGUUUUUUGUUUUUUUUUAAUUGAUUUAGAAUUGAGAUUGACUGCAUUGACUGGGGUUCUGUUAUGCACAUUUCCAGCUCCAUGUAUCUAUUUUUUUUUUCCCUGGCUUUGCAUGAUUUAGUUAAAAAUAAUCCUUAUUUAUCCUAUCCUGGUGCAGUUUAUUUUAUCCACUGUCUGAAAUGAGCUGUUACAGCUCCUGUCCCUUUAAGACAGCUGUCCUCUCAUUGGCUGCCCCUGACAAACUGAUGGUUUCAAUUGUCAUCUAUAUUAAGGCUCGCCUUGACAUCACACAAAGCCAGGAGUAGAUAAGCAUGUCUGAAACUGUGCUUCUGUGUGAGUUUUUGGUUCACAGGGAGGACUUGUACAUAUGCUGAAUCCACCACUGUAACAGCACACCAAUGACAGACAAUAAUGGAAAUAAUAAUGAAAAGCCUGCUACAAGUAUGUGAAGUUAGAGGCUGUUAUGUGAAGUAGACAGACAUUUGGUAUAAAUACUUGGUACUAAAAUAAUCUGGUACCAAAAGGGUUUGAGGAGAAAAAUCUUUUGGGAUCCUGGGAUGAAAGCUUUGGUUGUUUCCUGCUAAAAGUACAUUCAGCACCUGGAGACAUGGUAGUUUUUCUUGCUUGGUUGAACUCUGAGGAACAGAAACAACUAAACAUGCUUCAGUUUGCGGGGACUAGACUAUCUGAUUGAAUAGUACAGUAAAUUGUUUUUGUACUUCAUAUGUUACAAUUUCAAACAAAGAAAAAAAGAGGAUGUUGUACAUAGGGGUAGGAGAUCGAUGGACUGACAGUCUCUCUCUCAGGUUAAUCAAACAUAAUCAAACCUCAUCUGUUGUACUUAACAGCCACGCUGUCAGUCAGUCAGCCGCUGGCUGGAUUGGAUUGACCCACGGCUCAGAGUCUUGUUGCCAUCCUGUUUAAAGAAACAACCGGAAAGUAGUCCUGGUAUUCAGGAGGAGGUUUUUGUUUCGUUUUAUUCUAUUCUUUGAAAAUGUGAAGUUGCAUGAAAGUAAAUAUAACAAAGUUUGAACAGAGACUGGAUCUGCACUCGGUGGUCAUAUUCAAUCCAGGCAUGUGGGCAGAGUUAAAACAAAUAAUCAUAAAAAAUUUAAAAAGGCUCACGGGGAAUAAAAAAAUCUUAUGUGAAAAUGUAAUUUUUGGAAAUGAGCCUGAAUUUAAUUUACUUUGAAGUCAGUGAGGACUUAAUUUUUAUUUUUUUUUUAAUGGUUCCAGAUACAAAAAAUUCCAGAUACUGCUCUUGGUCUUUUCUCAACUUGUAUAUAAAUAUAUAUAAAUAUAUAAGCUGUUGUGGAUCCAUCUUCAUUUCUUGGCCUUUUACAGGAGAAACACUUUUUUAAACAUGAUGUUAAUAAAAGACAAAAAAAGAAAAACCUCGAUGUUUGAGAGUGAGUGUUCCAGUCCUGUCCGUAAAUGACAAUGAAAGGGAAAACUAAGUCAUUCUGCCUUGUCAGUGUUUUAUGUUACAAAUAAUGUUACGAAUAAAGGAAAGUUGUUUGACUUUUCAA